AUGGCGAAAAGUGUCCGAGCCAGUGUUUCCAAGCGCAACAGAGCCAAUCUGCGCAAGAAGGUCUUUGGCCCACUGGUCGAUGCCAGAACCGAAAGACUCGCUGCCAAGCUACAGGAGCUUGCAUCACAGCCACGGCCUGAAGCCCCUAUGAAAUCAAAGAUGGACGUAGGCGAGGAUGAAGCUGGUAUGUAUCCUACUAUGAUUUUUCAAGGAUACCGACUGACCUCAUAUUCCGUAUUAGCCGAAGCAGCCAAAGCCCAGACUGGUGACAGUGAAGAGAUGGAUAUCGACACAAUUAAGAGCUCCAAGAAGAAGCAGGCACGUGUGCAUAAGCGCAACCAGAAGCCUCGCAAUUCGAUUGUUUUCCAAAAGCGUCUAUCUACAACCAAGAAGGGUCCCAAGAGGAAGUGA